AUGAUUCAGUUCGUGCCUGUUCAGAUUGGACACAUUUGCGCCUGCUUGUUCAUCUUUGUGAUGCUCAUCCAAUUGACGGUGCAUGCCGUAUUGCUGAUAGGCUUUGAUGGUCCUUCGCAAGUGGAUCCACUGCUGGUGACUGGCAUCGUCGCCUCUGCGUUGGUGUUACAAGCAAUCGUAAUAAUCCCGGUUCUGCAAUGCACUUUGACUGCGAUGCUGAAGGAUCUGUCGCAGCUGCCCAGACAGGUGACCGAGUUUCGGGUGCAGGACUCUGAAUGCACGUGCUGCGCAUUGCAGCAUCGCCACCCUGUGACGCAUGCACCCAUUGCUUGUGACCGAAAGCUCAUCUACAAAUCUCUCCGCGGUACCUUCGGAUCAUCCGCCGGGCAGAUGGAUGAGGAAGCAGCUCUCGAUGCAUUCAACGCCUACGUGCGUGAGACGCUCGCUCGCUCCGCGCGGAAGCCUGCGGAGGAGGAGGAGCCCGGCGAGCCAGCGGUGAUCGCUAUGCUCGAAAAUCCAGCCGAGGAUGCCUUGCCCCGGGCAGCGGUCGUGGAGAUCUUCGCGCGGCACGACCUCAAAGUCGUAUGGGCCAACGAGGAUCAUGCCUGGCACGACUGCGAGAACGCUACGGUUCUUGUUACGGUGAAGAGGCGUGUGGACGAGUCGAUGCUUGCCACUUUACCGAAGCUGAGACUGGUGGCCGUAGCUUUCACAGGCUAUGACCAUGUGGAUCUGGAGGCAUGCAGGCAGCGAGGUGUGAAUGUGGCCAACGUACCAGGCUACUCCACAGAUGGCGCUGCUGAGCUCUGCUUUGGCCUGAUUUUUGCAUUGCUGCGCCACAUUCCAAUGGCACACCAGCAUGUGCGCUCGGGGAAGUGGUCCUGGCCGCCGGGAAACGAGCUCAGCGGACGACGGCUCGGGAUUGUUGGAACGGGCGAGAUUGGCCUGCGAGUUGCCGAGAUCGGCAAGGCUUUUCGCGUGUCCAAUGUCAUUGGUUAUGACCCCAUCAGGAACGACAAGUUCUCCGCAAUAGGCGGGGAAUACGUUCAGUCCCUGGCGACGAUCUUCCUCCACUCUGAUAUCAUCGUGAUCGCCUGUGCGCUCACGGCGGCCUCCAAGGGGAUGGUCAAUCGAAGGAUGCUGAAGCUCUUGCGCCCCGAUUCCAUCUUGAUCAACUGCGCCAGAGGCGCCAUCAUUGACCAGAAGGCGUUGACGGAAAUGCUGAAGGAAGGCCGCUUCAGAGCUGGUCUCGACGUCUACGAGGGCCUGGAGGGGGAAGAGCUACCGCCGAACCACCCUCUGCGUUCCGCCCUCUGGGAGGUGUUGCGGCGGUGCGCUGAGACACAUGGCAACACCUCCGCUAUGGAGGUGGUGCAGGUGUGGCAGGAGGACUACCAAAGCGCCAGUGGCAGUGAGGACUUUCUCGGCGCUGCAGUUUUCACCCUCGCAGCGGCGUCGCUGCAGGGAAAGACACUCCUGGAGCGUGAGGACAGCAUUAUUGGUGUGGAGAUGUGCAUGGGCCUGGCCGCCCAACACUUGGACGAGGCAGGUCAGCGGCGCCUGCAGCAGACUGUCCUCGAACGAACGCUCAGGCAGGAAGGGCCCUGGUUCGGGUUGUGCUGCGGUAGCCGUUUAGGGUUUAUAGGGUUCAGGGUUGCAGGCAGUGCACCAUACCGGGACACACCUGCUAGAGGCAAAGCUUCGACGUCCAAAGCACGUCGAAUCAACAGAUCCGACAUGCCUCCCAGAGCCUUCGGCUGA